GCUAGGAUAGUCGGGAAUCGCAUAUUCAGGAUUUAAUCCCGGUAUGGGGGACAUGAAGACCCCAGAUUUUGAUGACCUACUGGCAGCUUUUGACAUUCCUGACAUCGAUGCCAAAGAGGCCAUCCAGUCUGCCCCUGAUGAGGCCGAGGGUCCCCAUGGAUCCACUGGUGCUCCUCUGGGGAAGCCAGACAGUGUGGUGGGUGUUGGGCCAUCAUUGAGACCACCAAGCCCCUCUGAUCCCCAGGCUGACACCUCUAUUGUCAGUGUCAUUGUGAAGAAUAAAGUACGUCUUGAGACUGUGGAUGGAGGGGAUGGAGAUGCAGACCAGGAUCCCAUUGAUGUAAUUACUGGGGUGGACAUGGGUCCUCGGCUUGGGGCCUGUGCCCCUGGUUUGGCUGAAUCCGAGGCUCUCAAUCACAAUGGCUUUGGGGCAUCUGGUGUUUCCACACCAUUACCUCUUAGCCAGGCCCAGUCCAAUGGGGCGCCGUGGUCAGUGAACACCCCUAAAGUGUCUUCAGAAGGUGGACUAGUUGGUGCUGGAGUAACUAAAUCUCACAAGCAGGGUGCUAACAUUUUCAAUAGACUUAAACCUCUGAUUGCACAGGGGUCAGGAGACCCUGUUGGCCGGGCCAGGAAGAUGCAACUCUUGCAGCAACAGCAGGAUGCAGGCCAAGAGAGGGCAGAUGGGGUCAAACCCUCACUGCCUUUGUCUUCCUCUUUAUCAGCUGUGUCUUCUUCCCUAGCUGCAGGAGGGUCUGUUGGUCUGGCCUCGCCUUUCUUUCCACCUUCCAAGCCUCUACUUCCCACACCAACUUCUGCUCCCUCCUCACACCCAUCACAUUCAUCUCAGCCUUUCAAUGGCGCGCCUAAGCCUGGCCCUGCCGGAUUUCAGCCCGAGGAAUCAGAGGAAGAUGAUUCUGACCCAGAUAUGGGGGGGCCGCUGGUGAUCCAGGAGAGCCCGGACUCACCCACUCACACUCCUCCCCAGCUGAGCCGUCGAUACAAGUCUGUUGGUGCAGACUCUGUGUCUACUCAGCCAACAUCCUCCACUGCAGUUCACCCCAAACCAGGGGACACUCCUUCAGGAGCCAGCCUGACUUCAUCAACCCCCCAGUCCGGCUCCACAGAGAGUCCCACCCUGGAGGACAGGAAUUCAGAGCACGUUAUAGAGGAGAGAGACUCGCCAGAGAGUCCUGAGCCGGAGAUGCCCAAAUCAACUGCUCAGGUCACAGCCAAAAGGUGCCCCAGCCCCGCAGUUGCCUCUACCCCACCGCCAUCAGACCUGCGUGAACCAAAGGAGGAGGAAGAAGAAAUGGAAGUUGGGAAUGGGAUUGAUAGGGUAGUUGAUGGCAAAUCAGAUAUGGACAAGGGAGAGAGUGCAAGAACAGGUGAGGAAAAGAUGGAGUUAGACGUUAGUAAGCUGAAACCCCCCUCCUCUGAAGGAGGAGGAAGUAGCACACCAGCGACUACAGCUACUGGGGCUCCAUCCCGGCCAUUAAAAGUCAGAAUAAAAACCAUCAAAACUUCUACAGGUGGAAUCACCAGAACUGUCACUAGAGUGGCACCCAAAGCUGGCACUGCUGCAGGGAAAGGUUUGGACCCUAAAGCUCAAACUGGGGGACGUAGGGUCCUAACAAAUAAGACACAAAAGAUUGAGGCUUCCCCUGGUCAUAUGACUGCAACAUCCCAGCAGCAAAAAGUCAAGGCCCUCAAUGCUUUACCAGUUUCAACACUAGCAGCAAGUAGCGUCAUGCUAGCUGCGGCUACUAAAGUCCAAAACAAAAUGGCUGCAUCUGACAAGGCUAAGGUUUCUGCCACUGCUGUAAGUAUCACUAAAUCUGCUGCCCUGCCUGUGACUCCCGCUGUGGCUUCCUCUCCCAAGUUCUCUGUGGCUGCUGGUGGGAUCAGUGUGCGUACUGCCACAACUAAAACAGCUAAUGGAGGCAGUGGUACCAUCAUCGCUAGCUCCCUCCAACCAAAUAAGCCUGCUUCCAUAGUUAACAGUACAGGUGCUGUAAUUUCUCGCACUCAGUCCAGCCUGGUGGAAGCUUUCAAUAAAAUCCUGAACAGUAAGAACCUGUUGCCCAGCUAUAAGCCUGACCUCUCCGCUCCUCCGCCCCCAGAGUGGGGGCUCCCACUCCCUGCCACAGGGUAUCGCUGCCUGGAGUGUGGAGACGCCUUUGCUCUGGAGCGCAGCCUAGCUCGUCACUAUGACCGGCGGUCGCUCCGCAUUGAGGUGACCUGCAACCAUUGCGCUAAAAGGCUGGCUUUCUUCAACAAGUGCAGUCUGCUGCUGCAUGCCAGGGAGCAUAAGGAGCGCGGGCUGGUCAUGCAGUGCUCUCAUCUGGUCAUGAGACCUGUCACUGUAGAGCAGAUGAUUGGACAGCAGGAGACCACACCCAUUGGCGGCAUGCUCUCCUCUUCAACCUCCUCUCCUCCAGUCUCCUCCCCUUCCACCACAUCUGGGGCACCUGCCGUUUCUGCCAACUGCAGUCCAAUGAAGGACACCACCUCCCCAGCUGCGCCUCAGCCCAAACCGGUUCGCCGCACGCCUCAGGGCCCCCAAGCACUGAUGCCCCUGCCCUGCAAGAAGGCAGAGGUUCUGCAAUACAACAAUUUCAAAUGUCAGGAGUGCCAAGUGCAGUUCUCUGGCAAGGCUGAACUGGUCACCCACUUUCAGCAGAUCAGACCAGCCCCAAAUUCAACAUGUACCCAGUGCUCCCCUCCCAUGAUGCUGCCUAACUCAUGUGCUGUGUCUGCCCACCAGAGGAUCCAUAAGCACCGAGCCCCACAUGUCUGUCCAGAGUGUGGUGGUGUCGCCCAGCAGGCCAGCUUCCAAACCCAUUUGGAAGAGGCUUGUCUACACUUUGCCAGACGGAUUGGUUACAGAUGCUCAAGCUGCCAGGUGGUGUUCGGAGGGUUGAACUCUAUCAAGUCCCAUAUCCAGACCGCCCACUGCGAGGUCUUCCAUAAGUGCCCCAGCUGCCCCAUGGCCUUCAAGUCUUCCCCCAGUGCCCAGGGCCACAUCAGUACCCAGCAUCCCACACUCACUGGAGGACAGGCCAAAAUGAUCUUCAAAUGUGUGAUGUGUGAUACGGUUUUUACCCAAAAAACCUUGCUGUACAUGCACUUUGACACUCACUUGGCCAAGCAGAAAGUGCACGUUUUCAAGUGCCCGGAUUGCACCAAGCUCUAUGCUCAGAAAGGUUCCAUGAUGGAGCAUAUUAAGACUGCUCACAGAGGCUUGUCAGCCAAACAGGAGGCUCAGGCAGAACCCCCUGCCCCUGUAACAACCACAGGUAACCCCUCUGCUCCAUCUGGUACCAAGUCGAAACCUUCAGGGAAGACUGACAACUCUGACGGAGAAGACUGGGGGCGGGAUCAGGAGGAGGAGGAGGAGGAAGAAGAUGAUGAUGAUGAUGAUGGUGAUGAGGACUAUGAAGCUCCGGGGAAUCUCUCCAGCUCAGUGGAGGGUAGCAGCCAUCCCACCACAGCUACGGAGUGGACCUGCCCCCAGUGUCAGGCCACAUUCACUGAUAAUGAAGAUUAUCUCAGUCAUGUGAAGAUGGAACAUGGAAAGUUCCCAUGUCGUAUUUGUGGUGGAACAUUCAGCACCUCAUCCAGCUUGAGGCGUCAUGAGCGUGUCAUCCACGAGGGCAACAAGAGAGUCUUCCAUUGCCAGUAUUGCACAGAAGGCAAGCGCACCUUCAGCAGUCGAUUCUUAUUGGAUAAACAUAUUCGGCUCCAUCACAGAACAACUGACGGACAGGGUCCACCUCAGACCCGGAAGCGUUCAGCAGCAGGAGCAGACGGUCCAGGCAGCUCCUCAGAACAAGACGGGGAGGGCGGUCCCCCCGGAGGGAGAGCAGGAGACGAGGACGAAAACAACCCAGAUGAUGGUGAAGAUGGUGGUGGCCCGGCCAAAAGGACCCGGGGAUCCAUGCUGUCCACUGCACCGGUGCCCUCAGAACCUGAGGAGGAGGAAAACCUUUUCCGCUGCGUCCCCUGUGGCUUCUCUACUGAGGAUGGUGCGGAGUUCCAGCGCCACAUCCCCCAGCACCGGGCGGAUACGGCCUCCUUCCAGUGUCUGCAAUGUGGCGUUUGCUUUGCGUCGGCUGGCUCACUGGGCCGGCACCGCUUCAUCACCCACCGUGUGCGGGACCCCCAGGGCGAUGCCGACCGUGGUGUCCAGCGCAUCCCGGCCUCGCCAGAUGGCUCGCCCUCUCCCUCCCCCCUGGGCCAGGGAGAGGAGGGAGAGGGAAACCUGAGCUGCAAGGUGUGCGGCCGGCGCUUUGACAAGGCCACGGACCUCAACACCCACUUCAGGACCCACGGCAUGGCCUUCAUCACCGCCCACAAGACGGACAAGCCCUAA